CAUCGAUCGUGUUUUUUUUUCGACCUUUCUCUCGACAGCCUCUUCAUUUGUUUCUGAAGAAUGGCUGUUACUCUUGCGCUCUGGAGCAUCAAGCUGGGACCUGGAAAGCCUGAAAUCAUCGAAGCCCAAACCGACAGAAGGGUCACUAACAUUGCAAUUGGUGACGACUCGGAAGCGCCCAGCAAAUCAGGCAGAAGCACGGUCAAGCUGACGUAUCCAAACGUUGCCUAUGAUGAGGACAAUGAUGACGAUUCUGAGGAGGAAAACAUCACUACCGUGUUAUGUUCGUUGUCUGUAGGAAAGGUCGAACAAGUGGUUACCGAUAUCGUGCUCAACGAGGGUGGCUUGUACAAAUUUGAAACUACCGGUGAAAAUACGAUAUAUGUAAGCGGGCACAUCAUCGAUCAGCGACCAUUCGACUCGGACUCAGAGGGAAUGAGCGACGAGGAGGAAGCCUAUGACCUCAGAGACGUCAGCUCUGAUGUCGAAAUUGAACCAGAAGAAUAUGGAAGUGACGCAAGUCGAUUUGAAGAAGUCCAUGAUGCAGCUGCAGAAAAGUCCCUAAAACGACCUCGCCAGUCAACGGACUUGGAUAUUGACAGCUCGAAGCUCUCGAAGGCCGAUAAAAAGAAAGCCAAGAAGCAAAAGGGCGAGGAUGGGAAGCCUGUCCCAGUCGCAGUCAAUGUCGAUGCAUCUGCCGACAAAUCUGACAAACCUGGCAAAAAGGACAGGAAAGAAAAGGCUGAGACCAACGGCAAAGCCUUGGCUGAGAAAGAGCUACCUGGAGGUCUGAAGAUCAGAGACUCAAAAAUUGGCACGGGGCCACAAGCGAAGAAAGGCAAUACUAUUCAGAUGAGGUACAUCGGCAAACUUACCUCCGGCAAGGUUUUCGAUUCGAACACCAAAGGAAAGCCUUUUUCGUUCCAUCUUGGGGCAGGCGAAGUCAUAAAAGGAUGGGACCAAGGUCUGGUCGGGAUGCAGGCGGGAGGAGAACGUGUACUUACUAUUCCCCCUGCAUUGGGGUACGGUAAGAAGGGUCAAUCCGGGAUUCCAGGAAAUGCAACGCUCAUCUUUGAAUGCAAGCUCAUCAACAUCAAGUAG